AUGGGUGCCAGCGACUCCAAAAUCGGCUUCAAGCAGGGCAUUUUCAGGCUGUCAGAGGAGCGCAACAUUGCGGCGCACGAUCCUUACUGGACCUCGUUCUGGGAACUCCCUGAGUCGUCCGAGGACGUGUUCAGCCUCUUCUCGCCCAACGACAUCCGCCGAACUCGCGAUAAUGCCCUAGAGAACAUCGAGACGUUGAUCCAAGCCUUGAUAGCGCGAAUCCUCAGUUUACGUCAUCAUCCGUCCUUUCCAGAUCCCGAGCAAGCUCCAGAACGCGAUAUCCUCAACUGCAUCAGAGUCCUGACCCGUAUACUGCCCUAUCUCUACGAGAAAGAGAGCCUAGGGCCUUGGGAAGAACGGUUUUUAUGGACUCCACGAGAGGGAAAGGGCCGAAUCCCGACUAAGGAUGAAGUGUUGUUCGAUGAAGCACAGGAGGGCAAGGAACAGUCACAACCCGCGGCGGAGAUCCAAGAGACCUUGAAGCCUCUGGCGGAAGAGCUGAUUGACAUCUUGAUUGAUCUUCUAUUCUUCUCUGGCUUCACUCUCCCUCGGCAACCGGAUGGCCAUUCCAAGGUCACGUAUGCCAUAUGGCAGAGCGGGGUGGGAUGCAAUACCGCCGUGGCAACGACAAAGGAGUUCGAAAGCAACAGAUGCGAAAUCCUUCGGCUGCUCAUGACCCUUGCUGGUCAAAGCAUGUACAUGACUGCUGGAGUGCUGCCGCAGCGUGGGGUGCGGACUCUGACUUACCUGUGCACGUCGUCUGACAAGCAGGUCGUGCUCUCGGUAUUAUGCUCUCUUCUCAACACUACAUUGAAAUACAAUCCAGCCAGCUGGCGGGUGCCAUACAACACUUUGGUGUUUAGAGACACCAAGCAGGUCCUUCCGCUUCAAGAGAAGACUUCAUACAUUCCCGGCGCCCAAUCCUCCUCGAAUCUUGCGCCGGAGGUCUUGAUGCUUUUCUGGGAGCUGAUUCAAUGCAAUAAACGGUUUCGAUCCUUUAUCAUCGACACCGACAGGGCGCAUGACUCUGUUGUGCUCUCUCUAUUCUAUGCUCUGGAAUACAGAAACGAGGCGUCGAAGCAGGGCGUUGUGCGCAUGUGCGCAUUUCUCCUACAAACACUGAGUGUCGAAGCGAGCUUUGGCUCUCACCUGAACAAGGCUUUUGAAGGCCAGGAAAGCCUUCCCCCGAGCAUCAGGAUCAACGGAUUCAGGGGCUUGAGUGCCUCAACCAGCUCUCAGCUCAUGCAUUUGUUUUCAUUAAUGGCAUCCCCGUCCUUCCUACUUGCCAAUGAGACGAACCACGUCCUUCUACAGUCUCUGUUGGAGUCACUCAACGCAAUUCUUGAAAACAAAUACCGCCAGAAUCCAGAGCUGAUAUUGGCCAUUCUGAGAAACAAGAAGCGGAUCGAGGCACUUCGAUCGUUUACUCUGGAAAGCGGCCAAGAGGAGAUUGAAAAGAUCAACAGGAGAAGAAAAGAGACGGGAAACCACUCCGGGCUGUUUGAUGACGGAUCUCGACGGAGCUCAGCCGAUAGCGUACGGAGUCCAACGAGUGCUCUGUCCCGAAGCCAUUCGUUGGACGAAGCCCCAGCGGACAGCGCAUUCGCUGUGGGAGACGACGAAGAUGACGACAGCGAUGGAGAGCCUCAGGCAACGCCGGCCGCGUCGACCGCUAGCGAAAACCCGUCGCAGGCGUCAUCGGUAACCAACGUCGAAGACGCAGUGCCUGUGCAGCUGCGAGGGAUGUCAGAAAAGGCGCGCGGCAAGAUGCCGGCCAAUGUCCAGUCCUUUUCCCGACAGAAUAGCUCAACAAGCCUUGGCGCAUACUCAACCAGCAAUUCGGCGUUUGGUGGCAGUUUUGAACCAACAGGGUCUUGGAUCGACAGUUGGUUGCCAGAGCUCCCUCUGCACACAAUGUUGACCAUCAUCCAGCAAGCAACAGCUAUUCUCCCACGACAGGCAUUAGCCCGAGAAGCCGCGCCCGACACGCUGCGUCGGAUUCAAAAGAUUGAAUUCCUCGGCCUCGAGCCGUCUCCCAUACGGAUUCACUCCUUUGAAUGGUCGUCGCUGGCACUGGGAUGGUACGAGUCCCUGCUCUGGGGCGUCAUCUUCGCCAGCGAGAUGCAGAUUGCAAGAGGCACCAUGGGCAUAUGGAACGGAACAGCCAUCAAGCUCUUUCGGGUCCAGGAGACGGCACCGGCAGGCCCCACCCUGACCUCACCCAGAGGGGCUGUGGAUGCCGUCGGAAGCAAUAUUGUUUCACGAAUCGGCCAGAUGAAUCUUCGCGGCGCGUCGGCACCAUCGAACUCUGCACCGAGCAGGGGGGGUUCAUGA